CCUCUUCAAUUAAAACAUAAUAAGGCGAAAAGAAAAUGCUAAAGUUUUCUUCUCGGCGUUUGAAUAUGGGUCUUGGCGAUGCAUACGUCAAAAAGGUUUUCGACACAGUUUCCUCCAAGUAUGACUUCAUGAACGAUGUUUUGUCACUGGGAAUUCACCGUUCAUGGAAAAAUCAUUUUGUUGAAAAUUCUGUUCGACCAGUUUCGGGUGCUAAAUUUUUGGAUAUCGCUGGGGGGACUGGUGAUAUUGCCUUCAGAAUUACAGAUGCUAUACGUCGGCAGGAGCAUUUGUCUGGAUUAACCCCCAAAAUAUUGGAAGGCACAAAAGUAGUGGUUUGCGAUAUUAAUCAAAAAAUGCUUGAUGAAGGUCAAAGUCGAGCUGCUCGGGGGGGGUAUUUUGAUAUUGAAUGGGUUUGUGCGAGCGGGGAGGAGUUACCCUUCGAGGAUGAAGUUUACGACCAUUGCACAAUUUCCUUUGGGAUCCGGAACUUCAGUGAUCGCCCCAAAGCUCUUCGAGAAGCCUUUCGAAUCCUAAAAGUCGGGGGUGUGUUAAAUAUUCUUGAAUUUAGCCACGUCACAUUUACACCGUUAAAAAUUCCGUAUUCCUUUUGGUUAAGUGGAUUUUUGCCUCAGGCUGGACGGAUGCUUGCCGAUGAAGAGAGCUAUCGGUAUCUAGCAGAAAGUAUACGUGCCUUUCCGGAUCAAGAAACUUUUGCUAAAAUGAUUCAAGAUGCAGGUUUUAGUUUUGUCCGUUACGAAAAUCUCUCUGGAGGAAUAGCUUGCAUUCACACGGCUGUGAAAACAAACGUUUUGACGCCCAAAACUGAGAAUACAUCGCAUGUGUCAAAAGACCAGCAGGGUGAUAUAUCCACUCCAGAUGCAGAACCCAAGAUAACGUAGUUAGCGUUUAACAUUUUGUUUGCCUACUGUGGGUUAAUUUAUUCACCCUAACCAUAUUAUAUAGUUACCCAAUUAUUAUAAAAAUAAGAUUCACUAGCAAAUGAGAACCUUUAACGGGAGAUAGGGAAAUAAUUGUCUUGUUUGUUUUUUUCCCCCUUAAUGACUAUUCAGUCUGCGAACUGUCUGGACUAGUCAAUAUAUAUAUAUACAUAUAUAUAUACAUCUCUAUAUCUAUCUAUCUAUCUAUAUAUAUCUAUAUCUAUAUAUAUAGAUAUGAUUGCUAUUAUCAUUACUAU